AUGUUUGACGAUGAAAAUGACGAUGACGAAUGCGGGGGUCAAAGCCGCUACCCCGUAAUGCCAUCACUGGUAGCGCUCCAGCAAAUGAAGAACCGUCUCCAUCUUGCAUACCUUGGAAAGAAACUUAUGAAAUGGACAACUUUGGCUACCGUUAAAGAGCUAAGAAAAUUAGCCCUUGAAAUGACUGAGUACUUCGUAGGCUACGGCGAUGACUUCGCGAGAGCGUUCAUGCUCCUAGCGAGGUCUAGAUAUUAUUAUCCAAAUCUGAACACCAUUGUAGUACAGAAUGUUGGCAACGAGGCUGCUUGCAGAGUGGAAACGGACUAUAGAAGUGUUGCAGGUGUUAAACUGCUUGCAUUAAACGUGAUCGAAGAGACCUUUGACCCAAACGAACAUCUGGGCAUAGAGAAAGGAGGCACUGCAAUAUCGGAUGCCAAGAAAGCUUGGAGAGAUCUCCUUAAGCUUGUCGUUCUCAUGCUGCAAGAGAGAAAGGCAUUUGACGCGUUGCACGCCGCUCAUAAUGCAGCAAACAAGAAACAAAAUGUGCUGGGUAAACUGGUUAUACCGAGAAUACAAAAUGCCAUUGCGUAUAUUAAAUCAGAGUUAGAAGAACAGGAAAGAGAAGAGACGUUCAGACUGAAAAGGUUUAAGCAAUCGAAGGAAAAGAAAACUCGAUUAAUCAAAGAAAAAGACAAAAAGGAUGCAAUCACAGAAGAACCUGUAUUUACAUGCCCUGUAUGCUUACCAAAGGCCGAGAUACCUAAAGAGGUUCAAGUUAAAAAAGAGCCAAGCAUAAAAGAAGAACCAAUCAUAAAAGGAGAGCCAAACAUAAUAGUAAAAAAAGAAAGUAAAUUUUGCGGCUGCACCGAUCCUCGACCAGAACUCGAUCAAAGUACUGGCAAGUUCAUCUGUCCUAUUUGUAAUUUGGCAGAUAGAAAUGUAGACAUAAAUGUUGUAGCAUGUAAAGUAUGUCUACCUGAAGUCAAUGAAGUUAAAGAACGUGCAGACCACCUCAUGGCGCACAUCAACCAAGUGUUAACAUUAUCAAGAUUCUAUAACAAAACUCUCUCUGGUAUGGAUACAAAGGAAUCAGAUUUAAGUUACGCUGAUAUCAAAAAGGCACUUGAAAAUAUUAACAGCAUAUGUACUUGUCCUCAUAUGGAAAAACAAAAAAUAGAGGAAGCUAAACCCUGUGGAUGUGCUAUAUGCGCAUCAAAAGACAUAAAAUCUGAGCAAAAAGAAACUGUCGACUUCGAUAAAAAAACAACAGCGAUAGAUAAAAAACCUGAUGCACCGUGUAUGACAGAACCCUCUGGAGGUGGAUUAAAAGACAUAAAACCUGAACAAACCGUAAAUGACUGCUGCAAGAAUAAACUUCAAGCCAUAGUUAAAAAGACUGACGCGCCAUGUCUGUCAGAAUCCUCUGGAGAUGGAUCAAAAGGCAUAAAACCUGAACAAAACGUAAAUGACUGCUGCAAGAAUAAACCACAAGCGAUAGAUAAGAAGCCUGAUGCACCGAUUUUGCCCGAACCCACUAGAUGUCCUAUGUGUGGAUCAAAAGACAUAAAAUCUGAACAAAAAGUAAAUGAUUGCGGGUGCAAUAAAAAACCCCAAGCGAUGGACAAGAAGCCUGAUGCACCAUGUCUGUCACAACCCUCUGGAUGUCCUAUGUGUGGAUCAAAAGACGUGAAAUCUGAACAAAAAGUAAAUGACUGCGGCUGCAAUAAUAAACCCCAAGCCAUGGACGAGAAGCCUGAUGCACCAUGUCUGUCAAAACCCUCUGGAUGUCCUAUGUGUGGCUCAAAAGACGUAAAAUCUGAACAAAAAGUAAAUGACUGUGGCUGCAAUAAUAAACCCCAAGCGAUGGACGAGAAGCCUGAUGCACCAUGUCUGUCAAAACCCUCUGGAUGUCCUAUGUGUGGGUCAAAAGACGUGAAAUCUGAACAAAAAGUAAAUGACUGUGGCUGCAAUAAUAAACCACAAACGAUGGAUAAGAAGCCUGACGCACCGAUUUUGCCAAAACCCUCUGGAUGUCCUAUGUGUGGAUCAAAAGACAUAAAAUCUGAACAAAAAGUAAAUGACUGCGGCUGCAAUAAUAAACCUCAAGCAUUGGAUAAGAAGCCUGAUGCACCAUGUCUGUCAAAACCCUCUGGAUGUCCUAUGUGUGGAUCAAAAGACAUAAAAUCUGAACAAAAAGUAAAUGACUGCUGCAAGAAUAAACCACAAGCGAUAGAAAAGAAGCCUGACGCACCGAUUUUGCCAGAACCCUCUGGAUGUCUUAUGUGUGGAUCAAAAGGCAUAAAACCUGAACAAAAAGUAAAUGACUGUGGCUGCAAUAAUAAACCCCAAGCAAUGGAUAAGAAGCCUGAUGCACCAUGUCUGUUAAAACCCUCUGGAUGUCCUAUGUGUGGAUCAAAAGACAUAAAAUCUGAACAAAAAGUAAAUGACUGCUGCAAGAAUAAACCACAAGCGAUAGAAAAGAAGCCUGACGCACCGAUUUUGCCAGAACCCUCUGGAUGUCUUUUGUGUGGAUCAAAAGGCAUAAAACCUGAACCAAAAGUAAAUGACUGCUGCAAGAAUAAACCACAAACGAUAGAUAAGAAGCCUGAUGCACCAUGUCUGUCAAAACCCGCCGGAUGUCCUAUGUGUGGAUCAAAAGACAUAAAAUCUGAACAAAAAGUAAAUGACUACUGCAAGAAUAAACCACAAGCGAUAGAAAAGAAGCCUGACGCACCGAUUUUGCCAGAACCCUCUGGAUGUCUUAUGUGUGGAUCAAAAGGCAUAAAACCUGAACAAAAAGUAAAUGACUGCUGCAAGAAUAAACCACAAACGAUGGAUAAGAAGCCUGAUGCACCAUGUCUGUCAAAACCCUCCGGAUGUCCUAUGUGUGGAUCAAAAGACAUAAAAUCUGAACAAAAAGUAAAUGACUGUGGCUGCAAUAAUAAACCACAAAUGAUGGAUAAGAAGCCUGAUGCACCAUGUCUGUCAAAACCCUCUGGAUGUCCUAUGUGUGGAUCAAAAGACAUAAAACCUGAACAAAAAGUGAAUGACUGCUGCAAGAAUAAACCACAAACCAUGGAUAACAAGCCUGAUGCACCAUGUCUAUCAAAACCCGCUGGAUGUCCUAUGUGUGGAUCAAAAGACAUAAAAUCUGAACAAAAAGUAAAUGACUGUGGCUGCAAUAAUAAACCGCAAACGAUGGAUAAGAAGCCUGAUGCACCAAGUCUGUCAAAACCCUCUGGAUGUCUUAUGUGUGGAUCAAAAGACAUAAAAUCUGAACAAAAAGUAAAUGACUGCUGCAAGAAUAAACCACAAGCGAUAGAUAAGAAGCCUGACGCACCAAUUUUGCCAGAACCCUCUGGAUGUCCUAUGUGUGGAUCAAAAGACGUGAAAUCUGAACAAAAAGUAAAUGACUGUGGCUGCAAUAAUAAACCACAAACGAUGGAUAAGAAGCCUGACGCACCGAUUUUGCCAGAACCCUCUGGAUGUCCUAUGUGUGGAUCAAAAGACAUAAAAUCUGAACAAAAAGUAAAUGACUGCGGCUGCAAUAUUGAACCAAAAGCGACAGAUAAAAAGCCUAAGGCACCGUGUCUCACAGUCAACAUUUCUGAGCAGAAAUCUGAGGAUUGUUGCAUAUCAAAAUCGCUUGAAAAAAAAUCUGUAUCAAAAUCGGACGCCUGUUGUCAACAUUCACAGGAUACGGCAGAAUAUACAUCUAUAGAGGAAAUGGAAGGCCUUUGUAGUUGUACAAACAUAUCUGAUUCAGCAAAAGAAAAAUCAUGUUGUGAUAUGGCUGGUAUUUCAAAAUCUGAUUAUCAAACUUAUAACCUAUGUUCAAUAUCUGCAAUCAAAUCUGGUUCAUGUUUUCAAAGUGUAUCUAAUUUAUAUCAACCAGCGCCACCAUUUUUUUAUCUCUAUUCUGGACCAUACGUACAUUCACAAACCGGACUUCAUCCUAUUUGCAACGGUAACAUGAUCCCACAAAUUAAUACGAUUUCCAAGAAAUGUUUGUGUUCUAAUGCGCCGUAUCCUGGCGAAUUCAAGCAAGACAAUCCUAUAUGCACAUGUAAAUCAACAAACAAUUUGCCUUCUCAACAACCGUCCAAAGAGCUGUGUACUUGUGAAUCUAUAGAAGCGAUGUCGCCAUUAACGUUAUCUUUGCACAGUUUACAGGUUGACCCUAUAAAUAUGACUUGCAAAAAUAUAUUUCAAUCAUAUCCGCCCACUGCUUCAUUACCUACAGCAAAUUUACCUUUGAUGUUGGCAAAACGAGUUGCCAAAGCAUCUGAGCCCUAUUUAAAAAAGUCAUGUUUAAAGAACGGUGAUUAUCCUUAUCGCGAAAGAUGCGAGGAUCCAACAAUUGAAUUCAAAUGCCCUUCAAAUAAUUCAAUUCAAUAUCCGCCUACUGCUACAUUACCCCCAACUAAUUUACCUUUAACGUUGAAAAACCGAAUCGCUAAAGCAUCUGAGCCCUAUUUAAAAAAAACACGUUUAGAAAACGAUGAUUAUCCUGUUCGUGAAAGAUGCGAUGACCCAACAAUUGCAUUCGAAUGCCUUUCAAAUAAUUCAAAACAAUCAAAACAAAAUAUGUUGUGUUCAUGUAAAUCAAUUCAGCAACAAACAUCUUUUUCCUGCAAUUCGUGUUCAACAUUAUAUUCAGGAAAUUUAACAACAAAUUCAUUAUCCCAAGAGAUGACAAAACCCCCUUAUUUUAAAAAGUCUACGACACAUUUUACCGAUAUUCCUCAAGGAUUUUUACCUUUACUCUCACAUACAGUAGAAGAGACGAGCAAUACAGUAAUUUUAUCUAGUACAUCUAUCUCUAGCGAUACUGCUUAUCUGCAUUCAACUAAAGAAAAUCUUGGGACAGAAAUUAAGAACCCACUCAAUAAGUUUACUCCUAAACAGUUUAUGUGCUUUUCACCGUACACGCGAGAUGGAAAAUCGAGGUCAUGUGAUGUUUCGGAGAGGAGCUUGAUCAUAAGUUCAUAUGAUACUACACAAUCAGAUUAUCAUGGAACAGAUGAAACUCCUGGAUGCUGUAUUUUUUCUAAAGAGAAAUGUAUCACAGACUCGUUACACGAUAUUGUUCAAAAACAGUCUCCAUUUUUUUCAUCGCAUACUCAUGUAGUUAACCCUAGAUUGUGUAGUAUUUCUUCAACAAAUUUAUGUGAUAGUCCUGAUCCACAGUCUUCGCGUUUGCUUUCAUCUACACUUCGCGGAGUCUCUGGAACACAGAGUAUCUCAAUUAUACUAGACUGUAUUUUAUUUAAACAGUGCAAAUCAUCAACAACACAAAACAAUUCAAUUCAGAAAGCGUCUAGUACACCGUCGACCUAUACUAAAGACUUCUCAAUUUAUACUACAAUGACUCCUCAUGACAAUUCACCAUAUAAGAGACGACUAGACAAACCAGGACCUUGUAAUACUUUUGAGACAUCAAGUGAAACUAAACCCAGUACGUUUAAAGAUUGCUCAACAUUUGUUACUGUAGCUCCAAAAAAAGUUACAUCUUAUACGUGUGAAGGAAGGUCAUUUGGUGUUUCUGAAGCAGUUAAUAGAACAGAGUUUUUUAAAGAAAUAACGCAAAACUGCUGUGAAUUUACAUUGUUCAAUAAAAAUGAAAACUGUAUUGCCUUUACUCCCUAUACAAGAGAAGGUAAACCGGGGCCGUGUGGUCUUACUUUAAAAUGCGAUGCAUUUUCGAAAAAUAAUACACCAAAUAGUCGUAAAGAUAGGUCUGGUACUUAUUCAGUACAAUGUAACACCAAUAAGGAAACUGUAUUCUCUCCGUCAUUCACAUGCAAUAGCAGGUCGAAAAUUUGUGGAUGUGAAAAAAACAAUAUGCCACUUUCAUGGAGUAGUACAAACUCUGUGAGAUUAGAUUUUACGAGGGAGGAAACGACGGGAAGAACCUGGCGUAUAUCUGAGACAAACAUUCCGGCAUGUUCAGAAACUCACACAGAUUUUCAGCAAUGUACAAAUGCGCGUCCCGUACCAUAUAUAAGAGAAAGAAUACCCGGACCCAGUGGUCCUUGUGAAGUAGACAAUACUAAAGGUUCAGUUGGUAAUAUUAGUACUGAUCAGUUAACCAAACCAGUAACUUGUACACGAGAAGGAAGGCCAGGACUUAGCGAUAUAUCUAAAACGAGCUACAAUAUAAAAUCUCAGCAGUCUACUUACCAAGCACCAUACAUAUCAGGUAUCUCCGAGAUAACAGUAAAUUCAAUCACGCUAACGUGUUCUGGUCAGGGAAAACAAGGAACUUGUGAUAUUGACUUAAAUCAGUGUCAGCAGGUUAUACCAAAUACAAGAGAGGGUUUAUCAGGGCCCUGCGAUGUAUCUGAGACAAGUUAUAUUGCAAGUUCACAAAAUAAGACUGCUUUGCUGCAGCCUACAAGUAUUGCACCAUACACGCGUGAAGGAAUGCCAGGACCUUGUGGGCUUUCUAUGACAAAUGAUAAUGCAAGACAAUUUACGAAACCAGCGCCUUUUACGCGUGAAGGUAGAGCAGGACCUUACGAUAUUUCUAAGACAAAUAAUAAUGUAAGACAGUUUACGGACCCAGCGCCUUAUACGCGUGAAGGUAGAGCAGGGCCUUACGACAUUUCUAAGAGAAAUGAUAAUGUAAGACAAUUUACAGACCCAGUGCCUUAUACGCGUGAAGGUAGAGCAGGGCGUUGCGACAUUUCUAAGACAAAUGAUAAUGUAAGACAACUUACGGACCCAGCACCUUAUACGCGUGAAGGUAGAGCAGGGCCUUGCGACAUUUCUAAGACAAAUGAUAAUGUAAGACAACUUACGGACCCAGCACCUUAUACGCGUGAAGGUAGAGCAGGGCCUUGCGACAUUUCUAAGACAAAUGAUAAUGUAAGACAACUUACGGACCCAGCACCUUAUACGCGUGAAGGUAGAGCAGGGCCUUGCGACAUUUCUAAGACAAAUGAUAAUGUAAGACAAUUUACGGAACCAGCGCCUUAUACGCGUGAAGGUAGAGCAGGGCCUUGCGACAUUUCUAAGACAAAUGAUAAUGUCAGACAAUUUACAGGCACAACGCCUUAUACGCGUGAAGGUAAAGCAGGGCCUUGCGACAUUUCUAAGACAAAUAAUAAUAUAAGACAACCGACGGAUCCAGCGCCUUUUACGCGUGAAGGUAGAGAAGGUACAACAACUGCAGUGUCACAUAUCAAUCCAGAUCCAAGGCAGUUAGCAUGUCAAGGACGAAUAGGACCUUGCGAUAUUCUUGGAACAAAUAAUACUGCUAGUUUCUUAAGUAAAAUAACUACUAUACAUUCGUCGAACUUUGCUUCAAAUAUACUACAACAUCGUGAGCCUUGUAAUGUGUGUGUAAAAAACAAUAUUACAUGUUCACUAUGUGCUAUGGACCCUAGCGAGUCCACAAAUCUGUUGUCGUUCACAAGAGACGGGAAUCCUGAGGCCUGUGGUGUAUCUAAAACAAAUCCUACUGCAAGUUCAUUCUAUAAUACAGCUCUCAAACAUUAUUCACAUAAUACACCAUAUACAAGAGAGGGGAUGCCAGGUGUCUGCGGAGUUAAUAAGACUAACUUUGCGAAUUCACAAAAUAAACACACUCACCAGUCUGCUUAUAUCGAACCAUAUACACGUGAAGGCAAACCAGGACCUUGUGGGCUUUCUCUACACAAUAGUGAAAGCCCGCUAGAGGAAAUACUUUCCAGGCAAUAUACAGCCCCGGGACCUUUUACACGUGAAGGAAAAGAAGGACCUUGUGAUAUUUCAAAUAUAAACUAUACUACAAAUUUACUAAAUAAAAUAGAUCCUAAGCAAUCGACACAUAUUGCAUCACAUGCACUGAUCAAGAACCCCGAACCAUGUAGCGUAUGUGAGAGAAAACAUUUUAUUUGUUCAAAGUGUGCUAGGGAUAGCUCGUCGUCUAGAAACCUAGCCAGUUGUGCAACAAAAGGUAUUUAUGGACCAUGCGGUGUAUCUGAGUUUAAUAAUGUUGCAAGAUCCAUCUGUAAUUUAGUUCUAAAGAAGUCCACAUCUGUUACAUUAUCUAAGCAAGAAGGAACACUAGGUCUUUCUGAGACAAAACAUAUCAUAUGUUCAUGUAAUAACAAUGACUCUAUAGGGUCUAAGAAUUUGCAAACUUGUAUAAGAAAGGACGGACAUGAACCCUGUAGUGUGACAAUGUCUAGUGUAAUAUUUAAUACGUCCUCUAAGCAAUGUACGCGAUUGACAUCAUUUACAAGAGAAAGCAAACCGGGACCUUGUGGUGCUUUUGAAACAAACCGCAUUACAGUUUCAAAUUGUUUUGAAUUGAUGAAUGAGCCGAAUACAAAUCAAUCAAGAAACUUCUCACCUUUUAUAAGAGUAGAUAUGCCUGAGUCUUGUAGUUUUUCUGAGAGAAAAAACAUUUUAAAUUCUCUCUAUGAUAGAACCUCUAAACCGUGUGCACAUAUUUUACCAUGUACAGGAUCAAACAAACCACAAAUAUGUAGUGAAUGUGAGAGAAACGGCAUUGCGUGUCCACUUUGUAUCAUCGACCUUAAAGAGUCCACUAAUUCAGCACCUUAUACAAGGGAGGGAAUUCCUGGGCCUUGUGGUGUAUCUGAGGCUAAAAAUAAUAUAAGUUCAUUAGGUAAUUGGGAAUUUCAAAUCUUAAAACCAUACACAAGGGAGGGAGUACCCGGGCCCUGUGGUAUUUCUGAGAAAGGCCUUACGUUUCCACAUUAUAAAUUGUAUGCAUCGUAUGCGUGUCAACUUAAGCCUGGACCUUGGAAUAUACUUGAAUGCCCUAAUGCUACUGGCUCCACUAAGCUUAUAACUUCGGUUCGUAAACCAUGUAACAGUAAGCCACCAUCAAAACUGGGACAGAGGCAGUCAAGUGAUAAAAACGAGUUCAACUUGUGUGAUACUCAGUCUUGUUUAAUGUAUCAAGUUCAUACACCUUGUGGGACUUAUCAUAGGAAUGGAAUACAAUUUUCGGCGACUUCUGCUACUAAAGAUGCCACAACUUAUGUUACUGUAGGACCUUGUCCUGUACAAAAUAUACGUGAAGCAACACUUAGGAAUUGUAGUACAUGUGACAGAAAAAUUACUUUUGAUACAUCAACACCUCAUAGCACAAGAAAUUAUAAAGUUCGAGCACCUCAUACAUGCAUGAACGUCACCCGUUCCUUAAUUGCCAUCCCCCGCUUUGUAUGUUCUUCUUGUAGACCAUAUGCAAAAGCCUCUGCUGCUCCAGUGAUGAUUUUACCUUCACAUGUGUUAUCAAUGGCAUCCUCUUUUGCACCGUCAAGAACCUGUUGUUGCAAAUCGCAGAUUUCGUCUGUUUUAACGUUAAAGUCUGGUCACAAUUGUGACGAAUCACUGUACUCCGUUGGAUCAAAUAAAUUUUGUUCUACUUGUGGCCGCCCUGCAUCUAACAAAGCAAACUUAAAAACAAACUCUGCCCCACUGUUAAAGUAUGUAACUUAUGCAAAUUGUGAGAAUUGUGCUCCCAGUCAUGUAUCAAAAUUUGAACCCUGUGCAGACUGUAGAAAUACUAAAUUGUUUUUGUCUUGCGCGAGCAAUCCUUCUAUUAAGUCAGUAGCUAUUGGGACAUGUGCUAGUCGUAAUCAUUGUACGUCAUCUAAAGCUGCUCGUCUACCUAAAUCUGCAGUACAAACACCAUGUCCAUUGUCUCAAAACACUGCAGCCAUUAUAUCAUGUCCAACUUGUUCUAAAAAAAGAAGAGAAAAGUGCGUUCCUCAUGCAAGUGCUAGUAAGCAAUCGUGUUCAAGUUUGGUGUCUAAGGAUUCUAAAGCUGUUAUAGAUGAAUCGAAAUUCGGUUAUUUUGAAAUUGGAAAGAAAAAAGUAACAAAGAUAUACAGAUGCAAGAACCCAGAUGGUACUAUAACUGAUGAGAAACGAGUCAUCAUUAUUAAAACUGAAAAGAAGUAUCCUGAAAAACUUGAAUCUUCUGGAUUUGAAGCAGGAACGAUAAGUGAUUGCUUAAAAAAUGAAACAAAUAAGAAACGAAAUACCAAUGAAAUGGAUGUGCCCAAAUUUUCAAGACAGUCUAAAUCUGAUACCUGUUGUAACGGUACAAAUGACCGGAUGACAUACCCUCAAAUAAGGUAUUGCAUAUCUACUCAAGAUUGCAAUAACAUGACAGUUAAUAACAACUGUCUCGAACCAAAUCAUGAUUCCUCAAAGAAUAGUAACCGUUUCGUAACUGCUCAUUCUAUACCAACUGGUCUGGUAUGUGCCAACAGACUAGAAGACACAGAUAGCGGUCCUAAAUGUGGCUGUGAAAAUAAACCACCCUCUAAGUAUACUACUCUAGCUUCACGUGCUCGUCCUGUGGCACCAACCCCCCUACGUUACAACGGACUAAAAGACACAGCUAAUAGUCAAACAUGUGACUAUCCAGACAAAUUACGUACUAAGCCCUCAGCUUCAGUCGAGCCCACUAUCCCAGCAUGUGCCAAUAGACUACAAGAUUCAGACAGCGGACCAAGGUGCAACUGUGCAGAUAAAUCACUUCCUGAUAUCACUACUCCAGUUCAACCAACUACACCAGUAUGUGCCAAUAGAUUACAAGACACAGACAGUGGUCCAAAAUGUGACUGUGCGAACAAAUCGCCUCCUUUACCGGCUACUUUAGAGCAGCUCGCUACUCCUGUGUGUGCCAAUAGGCUAGAAGACUCGGACAGCGGACCUAAGUGUGACUGUGCGAUUAAGUCAACUCCUACUCCAGUUUGUGCCAAUAGGCUACAAGACACAGACAGUGGUCCAAAAUGUGAUUGUGCAAAUAAAUCGCCUCCUUUACCAGCUACUGUAGACCAGCCUCCUACUCCAGUUUGUGCCAAUAGGCUACAAGACACAGACAGUGGUCCAAAAUGUGAUUGUGCAAACAAAUCGCCUCCUUUACCAGCUACUGUAGACCAGCCUUCUACUCCAGUAUGUGCCAAUAGAUUACAAGACACAGACAGUGGUCCAAAAUGUGACUGUGCGAACAAAUCGCCUCCUUUACCGGCUACUUUAGAGCAGCUCGCUACUCCUGUGUGUGCCAAUAGGCUAGAAGACUCGGACAGCGGACCUAAGUGUGACUGUGCGAUUAAGUCAACUCCUACUCCAGUUUGUGCCAAUAGGCUACAAGACACAGACAGUGGUCCAAAAUGUGAUUGUGCAAAUAAAUCGCCUCCUUUACCAGCUACUGUAGACCAGCCUCCUACUCCAGUUUGUGCCAAUAGGCUACAAGACACAGACAGUGGUCCAAAAUGUGAUUGUGCAAACAAAUCGCCUCCUUUACCCGCUACUGUAGACCAGCCUUCUACUCCAGUUUGUGCCAAUAGGCUACAAGACACAGACAGUGGUCCAAAAUGUGACUGUGCAAACAAAUCGCCUCCUUUACCAGCUACUUUAGACCAGCUCGCUACUCCUGUAUGUGCCAAUAGGCUAGAAGACUCGGACAGCGGACCUAAAUGUGACUGUGCGAGUAAGUCAACUCCGAAGCCCAUUAACCCAGUAUGUGCUAACAGACUACAAGAUUCCGAUAGCGGACCAAGUUGUAACUGUGCAGAUAAAUCACUUUCUGAAAACACUACUCCAAUUCAGCUCACUACCUCAGUAUGUGCCAAUAGAUUACAAGAUUCAGACAGUGGACCAAAAUGCGAUUGUGCCAACAAAUCAACUCCUAAACCUCUUACUCCAGUUUGUGCCAAUAGGCUACAAGAUACUGACAGUGGACCUAAAUGUGACUGUGCAAACAAAUCCAAUCUUAAGCCCCUUUCUCCAGUUUGUGUCAAUAGAGAAUACGACACAGACAGUGGACCAAAAUGUAACUGUGCAAACAAAUCUCCUCUUUUGCCCGUUACUGUAGACCAACCCACUACCCCCGUAUGUGCCAAUAGGCUGGAAGACUCAGACAGUGGACCUAAAUGUGACUGUGCAAACAAAUCAUCUCCUUCGCCCAUUACUGUAGACCAACCCACUACCCCCGUAUGUGCCAAUAGGCUAGAAGACUCGGACAGUGGACCAAAAUGUGACUGUGCGAGCAAAGCAACUCCUAAGCCCACUACUGUAGACCAGCCCAUUACUCCCAUAUGUGCCAAUAGGCUAGAAGACACAGACAGUGGACCAAAAUGUCACUGUGCAAACAAAUCAUGUCCUUUGCCCAUUACUGUAGACCCACCCACUACCCCCGUAUGUGCCAAUAGGCUGGAAGACUCAGACAGUGGACCUAAAUGUGACUGUGCAAACAAAUCAUCUCCUUCGCCCAUUACUGUAGACCAACCCACUACCCCCGUAUGUGCCAAUAGGCUAGAAGACUCGGACAGUGGACCAAAAUGUGACUGUGCGAGAAAAGCAACUCCUAAGCCCACUACUGUAGACCAGCCCACUACCACCGUAUGUGCCAAUAGGCUAGAAGACACAGACAGCGGACCAAAAUGUAGUUGUGCAAAUAAAUCGCCUCCUUUGCACACUACUAAAGACCGGCCUACUAACCCAGUUUGUGCUAAUAGGCUAGAAGACUCAGACAGUGGUCCGAAAUGUGACUGUGCAAGCAAAUCAGCUCCUAAGCCCACUACCCCAGUAUUUGCAAACAUAAGACUACAAGACUCACACAGCGGACAUAUAUGUCACUGUGCAAACAAAUCGCAUUUUUUGCCUGCGACUAUAGACAAACCCACAUGUGGCCAUACACUACAACACUCAGACAAUACUCUGAAAUGUGAUUGCGCAAGAAAACUAACUUGUAAGCACACUAAACCCUCAUCUAAACAAUCUCAAACCAUGAUUCACCCACCUAAGUGUAGCUGUGAUAAUGAAUCGUCUCCUACUCCCACAUGUCCGUUUCAUAAACCUCUAAACCCUUGCCAAUGUAAAGUAACUGACGAGUUGUUACCGUCAACAAAGUCUCAGGAUAAAGAAGUGUGCUGUUCUCUGCAAAAAAAAAUAGGCAUAAUGAAACAUAUAAGCGAUGCACAAGAAAAUAAAGUUAAAGACGAUAGAGAAUUCGACUAUGUGUACAUAGUACCUUCAAAGAAAACUAUUUGCAAUAAAGUUCUUAAAAGUGACGUUCCAUGCUCUACUACAAAUCUUGCUUGUUGUACACCAAAAUUGUCUUACGAUGCCAAUGUACCCACAUCACCAAAGAAAAUUGUCCCAAAAACUUACAAAAACCGGUGCUGCAGUACUAGUGAUACAGGCAAGCUCUCAAUUUUUCGCGGUGGCAGUAUGUUAGAUGCCUUACGCCAACUAUUUCAGAGCUCAAAUUCGCGUACGCAAAAUCGUAAAACUUUUGACAAAAAUAUUUGCAAAACCUGUUAUUCCCCAUUAAGCAAUACCGAUGACGGUGAAUCGCUGAAUACUCCACUGUGCACAUCUUGUAAAGAAAAAAUUAUUGAUGAAAGCGAACAGGAUUACCGUCUUACUAAUUAUUCUACUGAAACAGGAUCUCCAGCUUCUAAAAAAUCACCAUCCCCGUUUGGUCAAAUGUCAUUUUUAUCGACAAGCAGUUGUAACAUAAAUGUAGACCAUAGUUGCCCUGCGAUGGUUUCAACAGUAAUAUCCACAGAUUCUAACGAUAGUCUUAUGUGCAUGCGUGGUGAAAAUUAUUUUCGUAAUGCAAAUCGCAAUGAUGCUGCAACUUCAACUAGAGUAAGAGAUGAAACCUAUAUGCGAGCAAUUAAAAAAGGAAAAAUUGAACAUGCAUGCGUUCCAGAUGUAAAAGACUGUGCAUCACAUACUACAAACUAA